AUGCCCAAGGUCACGAGUUACGCGCCCGCCUGGCUGUGCCGGCCGUCGCCUGGCGCCAGCCUGUUCACCAGCAGCUCGGUCAAGAGCCCGGCUCAAGCUCUACAGGUGGUCAAGCCUGCGGUGGCAGAUGGUCCGACACGAACGAUCGCGAAACGAGGCAACGAAGUGUUUGUGGUGGUCGACAAUGAGAUCCGCUGGUCGAACCUGGCGCGGUUGAAGGACCAAUGGCAGCACCAGACGCGACAGAAGAGCGCAGCAGAGAAGAAUGCCGACGCCGCACCCUACAGGGUUCUAGCAGUGCCUGUCUACGGCCACAUCAAGCAGCUAAUUCCUUCUCCGAACGGUGCCUUUCUCGCAGUGGUCACCGAGCACACCGUCCAUAUUUCCGUUUUGCCCGACUCCUCGCAUCUCUCGUCAAUAGACAUUGCGCCGAUCCGGUUGAAGACGUAUCAACUGGGUCCCACCACCCAUGUCAUCCCCGAAGCUCCCGUGGUGUCGGCGAUCUGGCACCCCCUCGGUCUACACAGCAAUGUUGGAGGAUGCAUCAUCACGGUGACGGCAGAUGCUGCCGUGCGCGUGUGGGAGCUGGACCGCAAUAACCACUGGUCUUUCGAUCAACCUACCCUAGCAGUUGACUUGCGCAAACUGGUAGAUGGGACCUCAUCUGAUCAGGACUUUGCGCCUUCUGGGUUUGGCAAGAACAAAGGGUUCUCUGCUGACAUUAUUGAUAUGGAGGUUGCGUCCGCUUGUUUUGCGGGCAAUGGGAACGACAAGGAGGAUGCUUGGGCGCCUAUGACUCUGUGGGUGGCCAUGCGGCCGGGCGAUCUCUACGCGCUGUGCCCUCUGCUGCCGUCCAAGUGGCAAGCUCCUUCCGCCACCAUCCCAUCUCUCUCUGCUGCCAUUGUGCCAAAACUGGCUGCCCUCGAGGAGGGCCCCGAGGAUGUGGAGGAGCAGUUGAUUGCAUGUCGGCAACAAUAUGAAUGGCUACAGGAGAUCGACGAUCAAGAAUCCUUGAAUCCGAUUUCUGCUGGGCCGGGGACUAUCCAGGGGGCGGAUGUCUUCACCCGUCCGAUGAAUCCAAGUGCCAUUCCGCGGUUGCAAGGACCUUUCCGUUUCGAUACAGGGGACGAGGUCGACGAUCUCGAUCUCUGUGAUAUUCUUGUCAUUGCUGCCAGACUGAAUGUCGACGACCUUAUGAUGGGUGAGGAUGAGGAGUUGACAGUCGAAGCAAAUGAUCAAGACAAGCUCUCGGCGACGACUAUUUGUCUUUCCAGUGGUAGUGGACGUGUCCAUAUCUGUCUGGAGCUCGACGGCGUUGAAGGCCAGUGGCUUCCCAAGGCUAAGAAGAACGCAUUCCGGGCGCCUCUGUCCGAGCCUUCUGAUCUGGUCUUGGUGGAAUCUUUGGAUACGGUCCAAGGGAAUUCGAACACCUGGCCCACUUUCACCCGCGACGCUCACUCUCGCUACUCUUUCUUCGUCACGACUGCGACCAAUGUGGUGUCUUUCUCUCUGUCCUCUUGGGUGCAGAGGCUCGAAACCGAGUUGCAGGCGGAGGACCCGGCGGGCUCAGCUUUCCGGUUGCAGGUUCUUUGUGAUGGGACUGUGGCCCAAAGACAGCGGAUCUUGCGCGUCUUGGAAACCGACAUCGUCUCUCCGCAAGACCAUCUUGCCGCAUCCCUGGUCUUCUACGAUUUCGAUCUCGGCUAUCUACUGAUCACCCACCAUCCAUCGCAGGUGUAUGCUGCUGCCAUGGAUGCCCCGGAGGAUUAUUUGGUCGUGGAAAAUCGCCUCUACGACUAUAAGCCGCUGCUACCGCACUCACCGGCUGUAGCUCCGCAACGGCCACCGUACCAGGUGCCUGCUGUUCUGUACGCACAGUCUCCGCUGGAAGCCUUCAUCGAAAAAAACGUCCCGCACCGCCAGCGUCAUACUCUCAAAGAACAAGUCCGUCUCUCUCCGGCGACACUGGACCUUGUCGCGGCCGCGCAUCGGUUACUGUCAGCCCACACCAACGCCCUGGAACGAGCUGCGUCGGAUCUGUUCCGUCGUUGCGAGCGACUACAGGGAGAAAUGCACGACCAGCUGAAGCAGUUGUCCGAUGUGGCCGAGCGUAUCAAGAGUGUCACGAGCGAGGUCGGCGAAGACGGGCGACACAAAGAAGGAACCCGGAAUGGAGAGGCGCUCGAUAGGCGUUUGCAGGCUGCGAAGGACAAGCAGAGCGACCUGAUACAGCGCUACGAUAGGCUGCGAAAGAAGGUUCUGAAUUCCGGUGGCCGCCCUCUAAGCGAGAAGGAGAAGUCGUGGAUCGCAGAAGUGGAAACUUUGUCUCAAUCAUUCGCCGACGAAGAGCCAGAAGACGAGAAAGACCAAGAGCAACACCUGGCACAUCGCCUGCAAACUGUUAAACAACUUGCCGUCGACCUAGUGGCUACAACAAAGGCCGUCUUAGCCAAGGCACCCUCUCCUGCUGAGCCCGGAAGCCCAUCUUCCCCCGGCGGCACGCAACCCAAGGUCCCGCAGCGUCUUCAACGGGCCAGAGUUGCUGAUGCGAUGAGAAUGGUUGAGCGAGAGUCUGCUGUUAUUGACGCCAUCACGGCGCGCUUGGAACGACUCAACACUAGUUUUUAA